AUGACAACAACCAACUGGUUGAGUCGCAUCCUUGAGUAUGCGACGCGAAGUUGUUGUGGUGAAGCGUCGAAGGGUAGAUGGUGGUCCGAGGAGACAAAAGUGCCGGAUGGCAGAGUGGCCAUGUUCACGAGAACGUGGAAUACGAUAUCGACAUGGCGAAGCAGCCCAACUCCUAGGCCGACGCCUGCAUGCGCUUUUACAAGCACACUUCUACUUCUACCACUCAGCAAUCUAAUGGUGUGGGAGUUGGUUGCACUGUCACGUGAUACUCUGUGCUUGCAGUGGGUAAUUGUGCAUAAGUUGGUCUACUUCGCAUCAUUCAUGUCUGUCAUGUCUCACGCCAACUUGGCUGACCACUCUGCAUCCUUGCACUACCUUUCCACCCACACUUUCAAAUUCAACAUCUAA